AUGGAAGAUGCCAUGAACUGGCGAGUGGUGGAAACAAUGCCUGCAUCGCUUUCGAGAAUGUCCGCUGCCAAGCAAAGCCUUGUGGAUAGCGUGCUAUGGAGGCUCAGCAGAAUAUGGGGUGACGACGACCAAUGGUGCCGAAUUGUACGUCCACAUACCGAUGACAAACAUUCAAAUGAGAACAGACAUGUCGGUGAGGCAGAGCCAUCAAGCCGCACGUCGCGCAAUUACGUCCAAAAACCCACGGGAAACUCGGGUUGGCGUUACCAUACCACUCCGUAUUACUCACGAGAUGCACCACAGGUGGAACUCAAUCUGGGAGGUUACGCUUACUCAUGA